ACACAACUAGCUGUCAAAUCCGUGACGUGGCUGGCCGACCGAUUUUUCCAAUUAGCAAGCAAACUUAGUAUCAAUUUAUAAUCAACUAUUAAUAGAUAAUUUAGGCUUUUCACGAUGACUACCUACGAGGAGUUCAUCCAGCAGAACGAGGACCGCGACGGAGUGCGUCUGACGUGGAAUGUGUGGCCCUCGAGUCGCAUUGAUGCCAGCCGCUUGGUCGUGCCACUUGCGUGUCUUUACCAGCCACUUAAGGAGCGCCCCGACUUGCCACCUAUACAAUAUGAGCCUGUUCUGUGCACGCGCAGCAACUGCCGUGCCAUUCUAAACCCUCUGUGCCAGGUGGACUACCGUGCCAAGUUGUGGGUGUGUAACUUUUGUUUCCAGCGCAAUCCGUUCCCCCCUCAAUAUGCGGCCAUUUCGGAGCAACAUCAGCCGGCUGAGCUGAUUCCCGGAUUCAGCACCAUUGAGUACACCAUUACCAGGGCUCCGACCAUGCCACCAGUCUUCAUUUUCCUCGUCGACACCUGCAUGGACGAGGAGGAGCUGGACGCACUCAAAGAUUCGCUGCAGAUGUCGCUCAGUCUGCUGCCGCCCAAUGCCCUGAUCGGACUGAUUACGUUCGGCAAGAUGAUACAAGUGCACGAGCUGGGGGCUGAGGGCUGCUCCAAGAGCUACGUGUUCCGCGGCACCAAGGACUUGACCGCCAAGCAGGUGCAGGAUAUGCUCGGAAUCGGACGCGGCGCUGCUCCGGGCCCACAGGGGCAGCCGGGCCAGCCGAUGCCCGGCCAGCAGAGGCCAAAUGCGCCGGCAGGUGGAGCACCUGUGCCGCCUGCACACCGGUUUCUGCAGCCGAUCAGCCAGUGCGACGCGGCACUGGGUGAUCUGCUCAGCGAGCUACAGCGCGACCCUUGGCCGGUGCCGCAGGGCAAGCGCUACCUGCGCUCCACGGGCGCUGCUCUCUCGAUAGCAGUCGGCCUGCUGGAGUGCACCUACCCGAAUACGGGUGGUCGGAUUAUGUCCUUCGUCGGUGGUCCUUGCUCCCAGGGCCCCGGCCAAGUGGUCGACGACGAACUGAAGCACCCGAUUCGCUCUCACCAUGACAUUCACAAGGACAACGUCAAGUUCAUGAAAAAGGCCAUAAAGCACUUUGAUGCGCUGGCCCUGCGUGCCGCCACCAAUGGCCACAGCGUCGACAUCUACUCGUGCGCCCUCGACCAGACUGGCUUGCUGGAGAUGAAGCAGCUGUGCAACUCCACGGGCGGGCAUAUGGUCAUGGGCGACUCGUUCAACUCGUCGCUGUUCAAGCAGACAUUCCAACGCGUGUUUGCGCGCGACAGCCGCAACGAUCUGAAAAUGGCAUUCAAUGCCACGCUGGAGGUGAAGUGCUCGCGCGAGCUGAAGAUCUCCGGAGGUAUCGGCUCGUGUGUGUCGCUGAAUGUGAAGAGCCCGUCGGUGUCGGAUGUGGAGAUCGGCAUGGGCAACACGGUGCAGUGGAAGCUGUGCACGCUGAAUCCCAGCUCCACGGUGGCCUACUUCUUUGAGGUUGUCAACCAGCACGCCGCCCCCAUUCCCCAGGGCGGACGCGGCUGCAUACAGUUUAUAACACAGUAUCAGCAUCCGAGCGGUCAGCGGCGCAUACGCGUCACGACAUUGGCCAGAAACUGGGCUGAUGCCACCACAAAUGUGCAUCAUAUCAGUGCUGGGUUUGACCAGGAAGCUGCCGCCGUCCUCAUGGCUCGCAUGGUUGUCUACCGUGCCGAGACGGACGAGGGACCAGACAUUCUGCGCUGGGUCGAUCGUCAGCUAAUUCGCCUGUGCCAAAAGUUCGGCGAGUACACCAAGGACGAUCCGAACAGCUUCCGGCUGUCGCAGAACUUCAGUCUGUUCCCGCAGUUCAUGUACCACCUGCGCCGCUCGCAGUUCCUGCAGGUCUUCAACAAUUCACCCGACGAGACCACAUUCUACCGACACAUGCUGAUGCGCGAGGACCUCACCCAGUCGUUGAUCAUGAUACAGCCGAUACUUUAUAGCUACUCGUUCAACGGACCGCCCGAGCCCGUGCUGCUGGACACCGCCUCGAUCCAGGCGGAUCGCAUUCUGCUGAUGGACACGUUCUUCCAGAUACUCAUCUAUCACGGCGAGACGAUUGCCCAGUGGCGAGCCCUCAAGUACCAGGACAUGCCCGAGUACGAGAACUUCAAGCAGCUGCUGCAGGCCCCAGUCGACGAUGCCCAGGAGAUUCUGCAGACUCGAUUCCCCAUGCCCCGGUAUAUCGACACCGAGCACGGCGGCUCGCAGGCGCGCUUCCUGCUCUCGAAGGUCAAUCCAUCGCAGACGCACAACAACAUGUAUGCCUAUGGGCAGGACGGCGGCGCACCCGUGCUCACGGACGAUGUCUCGCUGCAGCUGUUUAUGGAGCAUCUCAAGAAGCUGGCCGUCUCCACAACCACAUGAAGUGCCCGCUGCUGAUCGAAGGAGCUCCACUAGGAGCUUUCAACCUAAGAAUACGAACGAGCUGAUCCUGGAAUGCUUUCGGCCAAGGCAAUGCAAUCACAGAUACAUAUACAGAUAUAAACACAACAGAUAUUCCACUUGAUCAUCGUCUGAAACACACAAUAAACUAUUCAAAUUAUGUUCAACAAUUUAAA